AUGCUUGCACGACACGCUCCUGCCUCGUCGGCUCUCGCCGCGGCCGCACACCGCGCGCUGCCCGCAGCCACCGCAGCCACACGCCUUUCGACCGCUGCCGCCCCGUCACAGCAGCAGAAGCGCACCCUGGCCACAGUGAACGAUGCCGCCCCUAAGAGGACAUACGGCGGUCUCAAGGACCAGGACCGCAUCUUCCAGAACCUGUAUGGCCACCACGGAGCCGACCUGAAGAGCGCGAUGAAGUACGGAGACUGGCACAAGACGAAGGAAAUCCUCUUGAAGGGCGACGACUGGAUCAUCUCCGAGGUCAAGGCAUCUGGUCUGCGCGGCCGAGGUGGUGCUGGUUUUCCCUCCGGUCUGAAAUGGUCUUUCAUGAACGCCAAGGGCUGGGAGAACGACUCUAAACCCCGCUACUUGGUCGUCAACGCUGAUGAGGGUGAGCCCGGAACCUGCAAGGACCGCGAGAUUAUGCGCAAAGAUCCCCACAAGCUCAUCGAGGGCUGUCUCGUUGCCGGACGUGCCAUGAACGCGACCGCUGCCUACAUCUAUAUCCGUGGAGAGUUCUACCACGAGGCCACCGUUCUCGAGCGUGCUAUUAACGAGGCAUACCAAGCCGGUCUUAUCGGCAAGAACGCCUGCGGCUCCGGCUACGACUUCGAUGUCUACGUCCAUCGUGGAAUGGGUGCCUACGUCUGCGGUGAGGAGACCUCUCUCAUCGAAUCUCUCGAAGGCAAGCCCGGAAAGCCCCGCCUCAAGCCCCCGUUCCCUGCUGCCGUUGGUCUCUUUGGAUGCCCUUCGACCGUCGCCAACGUCGAGACUAUCGCCGUUGCCCCCACCAUCUGCCGACGUGGAGGCAACUGGUUCGCCAGCUUCGGUCGUGAGCGCAACGCCGGAACCAAGCUCUUUGCCAUCUCUGGCCACGUCAACCACCCCUGCACUGUUGAAGAAGAGAUGUCUAUUCCACUCCGUGAACUGAUCGACCGUCACUGCGGUGGUGUCAAGGGCGGAUGGGACAACCUCCUCGCCAUCAUUCCCGGUGGUUCCUCGACCCCUCUUCUCCCCAAGCACAUUUGCGAUGACCAACUCAUGGACUUCGAUGCGCUCAAGGAUGCGCAAUCUGGUUUUGGUACUGCUGCCGUCAUUGUCAUGGACAAGUCGACAGACAUUGUCCGCGCCAUCACUCGUCUCACCAAGUUCUACCACCACGAAUCUUGCGGCCAGUGCACACCUUGCCGUGAGGGAUCCAAGUGGACCCACCAGAUCAUGGACCGCUUCUACAAGGGCCAGGCCCGUGAGCGUGAAAUCGACAUGCUUCUGGAGCUGACCAAGCAGGUUGAAGGCCACACUAUUUGCGCGCUGGGUGAGGCGUUUGCUUGGCCGCUGCAGGGUCUCAUCAGGCACUUUAGGCCCGAGCUUGAGGCCAGGAUAAAGGACUACGGGUUGAAGAACGGUGGUGAGGCGCUUGCGGGUGGUUGGGCACACGAUGCCGGUAAGAAGGGACUGUUGGUGUCGCCCGGACAGUAG